AUGGGAAAACCUCUUUCCUUUGUUUUCCUCUUUUUACUUCGUUGCUGCUUCAUGUCCUCCUUAGCUUGGCCUGAGAAAAACAUUACUACUGAUCAAUAUGCACUUCUUGCCCUUAAAUCCUCAAUCACUUCAGAUCCAUAUGAUUUCUUAGCUAAAUGUUCUCCCUCUUCUUCUCCAUGCACUUGGGUUGGAGUUGCUUGUAAUACUCGUCAUGGAAGAGUCCACUCCUUGAAUCUUAAUGGCAUGGGUCUUAAGGGGACCAUCUCUCCACAAUUGGGAAAUCUUUCAUUUGUUGUUGAGCUUGAUCUUGGUGACAACAAUUUGUAUGGUCAAAUACCAAAAGAGUUAGUUCGAUUGGGUAGAUUGAAACUAUUGAACUUGAGCUACAAUGACUUUCAUGGGGAAGUUAGAUGGAUCGGAUAUUUAUCUUCACUUGAGCAACUGCAUCUUCAAAAUAACAGUUUUAAUGGAUUUAUUCCGCUAUCUCUAUUAAACUUGUCAAGGCUAGAGACCUUAGAUUGGAAUUUUAAUUUUCUUGAAGGGACCAUUCCAUCUGAGGUGGGAGGACUUCAGCGAUUGAAGACUUUACGACUUGCAAGUAACAAACUUUCAGGAGCCAUUCUGCGAACAAUUUCCAACUUAUCUUCACUUGAAUUAUUGAAUUUGUCUUACAACGCUUUGUCAGGUAUGUUUAGAUGA